AUGAUGGCCGCUCAAGGCACUCCCACCCUGGACCGGUUUCUUUCCAGUAUCGCCGACUUGGUCAAAAACCGCGAUGGUGCCCGACUCCAAGAUUUCCUCCAGAUCGAACCCCCUUUGUCCGACGUGUAUUGCCAGAUGGUGGACGAGCUUCGGCGGCGAUAUCCCAACGGUGCCGAUGAGGCGGACUUGCUACGACGGUGCGAAGGCCUGGUGCCCCGUGCCAAAGGUGGUAGCUCCUGGACUGCUUUUCCCACUUUCAUGAAGCUGUAUUUCACCUUCUUGCGCGAUGUGAACGUGGAUAAUCUUCUCGACACGUACAAUCUUCUCAAAGGGUUAUUGAAUCAAUGCGUUCUUGCGCUCGGUGAUAGCCAAUUCGGAGUUAUUGUCCUUCCCACUGUCCUUUACCUAUCCAAGGUCCUCGCAAAACUAGCAAUGGGCCUCGAUCGUCGACCGGAAUUGAUCGCACAGUUACUCAGAAUGGAGGGGCACUCUGACCAAGACGAAAGCAUUGAGAAGGUCACGCUAGUCGAAAAAUCAGCCAACGUGGUCCGCGAAGCGUUUAUUAAGUGCCUCACGGAUCGCAGUGGCACCCCCGGAGUUCACGGGAAACCGGAAGGAAAACGUGUCGGGAUAUACCUCAUGGCCAACCUUUGCUUGAAACUGCUUUUCCAGAUGUUUGCGAGUAUCAGCGCCCAAUCUCCCCCAUUGAAACAUUUCCCUGCCUCCCAAAGGGUCACCUACCUCUACUAUCUUGGACGAUAUCUCUUCUCGAACAACCUCUUCUAUCCUGCACAAAUCGCCCUUCAAGCCGCGUACGAUCAAUGCCACCGUCAGGCAUUGAGCCAGAAGCGAGUCAUCCUCACCUACCUGAUACCUUGCAAUAUUAUAAUGGGUCGGUUUCCUUCCAUGGACCUACUCCAACGACCCGAAGCCGAAGGUCUUUCCGACAAAUUCCUCCCCCUUUGUCGACUGAUUGUUCGCGGGGACUACAUCGCUUUCCGGGAGCACCUGUCCGUGGAGUCUUCGGUAACCGAGUGGUUCGCCCGCAAGGGGAUACUUCUCGCCCUUCGUAACCGGUGCGAGAUUCUAGUGUGGCGGUCCCUCGCGCGAAAGGUCUUCAUUCACGGUGGCUUCCACGGCGACCCUCAGGGACAAGGUCAGCGAGGACCCCCACCUUUUCUGUAUCUGUCUAAACUGGAAGCCGCCGUGCGAUGGCUCCAGUCUCAGCAUGCUCAGUCGAUUCAGGGCCCGUUUGGAGAGCCUUCGCCACAAACGGGCACGGAUGCGCAGGCUGGUCUCAGUAAUAUCGGGUCACAGCUUGUUUAUAAACCGGCUGAUCGGGAUUUUGCUGGACUGGAUCAAGAUGGGUUCCUCGAGAGAGACGUGGAUCCUACGGUGGUGGCGAAAUACGCCGACUUUCUCUCUCCAGAUGGUUACUAUGACGAACAGGGGCAAUGGCAAAUCAAUCAACCGGGGCAGUUAGUGGACGGAACAUCAGGCGUGGAUUAUGGGCCGUAUGAGCUGAAUCCGUACGCCCAGCGACCUGAAGCAGAGUCGCCGUCAGACCAAGGAAAGCCCAGUCAAAUGAUGCGCGAGAUCGAGUCCAUUCUCGCAUCGCUUCUGACGCAAGGUCUCAUGCGCGGCUAUCUCACCCAUCGGAACCCGCGGUUUGCCAUCCCCGGUGCACGCCUCCGCGGGGCCCUUCCUACUGGAUUUCCCAACGUGUGGCAGACGAUUUUUGCCCGGGAGAGCGAGGACGAUAGCGUACCUGGCUGGGUGCAGCCGCCGCCUGCUAUAGUCGGGAAUCCGAUGGCGGCUGCAGCUGCCUCUGGUGGAGGACGAGUGGUGAAUCUGUCAGGGGCACGACCUGUGGGAGUGCAGUGA